AUUGAUCGACCAGCCGGCCGAUUGAUUUCCACCCCCCACCCUCGGCGGGCAGCCUCGGAAAAGGCGGGGAGAGGCUCGCCGGGGCGUCACACGCCAGCGGGCGGGGCUGGCGACGACGACGGGGGGGGGAGUGGGCGGAGCCUGCCUGAUUCUGGUCUUGCGCCGCGGCUGGAGGCGCGGGCGGGAGCCGCUGGCUGAGGUGAAGAGGCGCUCGCCCGAGCGGGCAGGCAGGCAGGCAGGCAGGCACGGUACAGCGGGGCCAGGAAACGGGCUGGCUUGCUCCGGGACGCCGGCUCUACGGCUGACAGAUGAUUGACAUCAAAAAACUAUGAUUUAGGAACAAAUGCUUGGACCUAAUAUAAAAGUAACCAGCCUUAAAUGGAACCAUAGGAAGAAAAUUUCAGAGAAUCUCAAGUCAUAAUCAAAUUACAUCAGAAAUUCAAUCAUGUAUGGAAGUGCUCGGUCAGUUGGGAAAAUUGAGCCAAGUAGCCAGAGCCCUGGGCGUUCACCAAGGCUGCCACGUUCACCACGAUUGGGCCAUCGUCGAACCAACAGUACAGGGGGCAGCUCUGGAGGUAGUACUGGAGGUGGAAGUGGUAAGACACUUUCAAUGGAAAAUAUCCAGUCCUUAAAUGCUGCCUAUGCCACGUCAGGCCCUAUGUACCUAAGUGAACAUGAAAACGUGGGCGCGGACACACCUAAAAGCACCAUGACCCUUGGGCGAUCUGGGGGUCGUUUGCCUUACGGUGUUAGGAUGACUGCAAUGGGCAGCAGCCCCAACAUUGCCAGUAGUGGGGUUGCCAGCGAUACUAUUGCAUUUGGAGAACAUCACCUUCCUCCUGUGAGCAUGGCCUCUACAGUGCCUCAUUCACUACGCCAAGCUAGGGACAACACAAUAAUGGACCUGCAGACACAACUGAAGGAAGUGCUCCGGGAAAAUGAUAUAUUGCGGAAGGACGUAGAAGUGAAAGAAAGCAAACUUAGCUCCUCCAUGAACAGCAUCAAGACAUUCUGGAGUCCCGAGCUGAAGAAAGAGAGAGCCCUGAGGAAAGACGAAGCAUCCAAAAUCACGAUUUGGAAAGAACAAUAUCGGGUGGUUCAGGAAGAAAAUCAGCAUAUGCAGAUGACCAUUCAAGCUCUUCAGGACGAGCUUAGGAUCCAGAGGGACCUGAACCAACUUUUCCAGCAAGACACCAGCAGUAGAUCCAGUGAACCGUUUCUGACCGAACUAACAGAAGAAAACUUCCAACGGCUUCAUGCAGAGCAUGAGCGUCAAGCCAAGGAACUCUUCUUGCUACGCAAAACCCUGGAAGAAAUGGAGUUACGCAUCGAGACUCAGAAACAGACCUUAAAUGCUCGUGAUGAGUCAAUUAAAAAGUUACUGGAAAUGCUGCAGAGCAAGGGAUUGUCUGCAAAAGCCACCGAGGAAGAUCACGAACGCACAAGAAGGUUGGCAGAGGCUGAAAUGCACGUUCAUCACCUGGAAACCUUACUAGAGCAAAAGGAAAAGGAGAGCAGCUUGCUCAGAGAAGAAAUGCACCGUCGUUUUGAAAAUGCUCCUGAUUCUGCCAAAACUAAAGCUUUACAGACCGUUAUAGAGAUGAAGGAUUCUAAAAUUUCUUCUAUGGAACGUGGACUCCGAGAUUUGGAAGAAGAAAUCCAAAUGUUGAAAUCGAAUGGUGCACUCAGCACAGAGGAACGUGAAGAAGAAAUUAAACAAAUGGAGGUGUAUCGUAGCCAUUCCAAAUUUAUGAAAAACAAGGUAGAGCAACUGAAGGAAGAGCUAAAUACCAAAGAGGUUCAAGGGGAGGAACUGAAAAAAAAAGUGGCCGAACUCCAGACAGAGGUCUCUGCCAUUGGUCAAGUGAAACAGGAACUAUCCCGGAAAGAUACAGAGUUGCUGGCUUUACAGACAAAAUUGGAAACUCUUACAAACCAGUUUUCUGAUAGCAAGCAACAUAUUGAUGUACUGAAGGAAUCCCUCACAGCAAAAGAACAGAGAGCUGCCAUCCUGCAAACGGAGGUAGAUGCACUUCGGUUGCGCCUGGAAGAGAAGGAGGCAAUGUUGAACAAAAAGACUAAGCAAAUUCAAGAGAUGGCUGAGGAGAAGGGGACUCAAGCCGGAGAGAUUCAUGAUCUCAAGGAUAUGCUUGAUGUGAAAGAACGCAAGGUUAACAUUCUUCAGAAAAAGAUUGAAAAUCUUCAGGAGCAGCUAAGAGACAAAGAGAAACAAAUGAGCAGUUUGAAAGAAAGAGUAAAAUCCCUGCAAGCUGAUACCACCAACACCGAUACAGCCUUGACUACGCUAGAGGAAGCACUUGCAGAAAAGGAGCGUACUAUUGAGCGACUCAAGGAGCAGCGUGACAGAGAUGAGCGAGAAAAACAAGAGGAGAUUGACAACUAUAAAAAAGAUAUGAAAGACCUUAAAGAGAAAGUCAGCGUCUUGCAAGCAGAUCUUACAGAAAAGGAGACUACACUCCUGGAUUUGAAGGAACAUGCCUCUUCAUUAGCAUCAGCAGGAUUGAAAAAAGACUCUAGACUGAAAACAUUAGACAUUGCUUUGGAGCAAAAGAAGGAAGAAUGCCUGAAAUUUGAAUCUCAGCUGAAAAAGGCUUACGAAGCAACCAUUGAAGCCAGGGCCAAUCCAGAGAUGAAUGAUAGAUUUCAGCAGUUCGAAAAAGAGGUGGCCCAGUAUCGAGAAGAGUCUACUAAGGCCCAAGCUGAAGUGGAUCGCUUGCUGGAAAUCCUAAAAGAGAUGGAAAAUGAGAAGAAUGAUAAAGAUAAGAAGAUAGCUGAACUGGAAAGCCUCACUUCAAGGCAAAUUAAAGAUCAGAAUAAGAAGGUAGCAAAUUUAAAGCAUAAAGAACAGGUGGAGAAGAAAAAGAGUGCACAAAUGUUGGAAGAAGCAAGGAGGCGGGAAGACAAUCUUAAUGACAGUUCCCAGCAGUUACAGGAUAGUUUGCAUAAGAAGGAUGAUCGAAUUGAGGAGCUAGAAGAAGCACUGAGAGAGAGUGUACAAAUAACUGCAGAACGAGAAAUGGUAUUAGCUCAAGAAGAAUCAGCCAGGACACAAGCUGAAAAACAGGUAGAAGAGUUGAUGAUGGCUAUGGAGAAAGUAAAACAAGAACUGGAAUCUAUGAAAGCAAAGCUGUCCUCUACUCAGCAGUCUCUGGCUGAGAAGGAAACCCAUUUAACCAACUUGCGGGCUGAACGGAGGAAGCAUUUGGAGGAGGUGCUAGAGAUGAAACAAGAAGCCCUUCUAGCUGCCAUUAGUGAAAAAGAUGCCAACAUCGCUCUCCUGGAGCUUUCAUCCUCUAAGAAAAAAACUCAAGAGGAAGUCGCUGGAUUAAAACGUGAAAAAGACCGCUUGGUUCAGCAGCUGAAACAACAGACUCAGAAUCGCAUGAAAUUGAUGGCAGAUAAUUAUGAAGAUGAUAAUCUGAAAUCAUCUCAUUUCAAUCAAACUAAUCAUAAACCCUCCCCAGACCAGGUAAUUCAGCCUCUUUUAGACCUUGAUCAGAAUCGUAGCAAGUUGAAGUUAUAUAUUGGACAUUUGACAGCCCUAUGCCAUGACCGGGACCCUCUGAUUCUCCGUGGACUCACUCCUCCCACAUCGUACCACCUGGAUGAGAAUCGUGCAGCUUGGGAGAAGGAGCUGCAGAAGAUGACUCUGGAGCAGCUUCACAACGAGCUGGAAAAGGCCGAGAAGGACAGCGCAGAGCUACAAGAGUUUGCGAAUGCCAUUCUCCAGCAGAUAGCCGAUCACUGCCCAGACAUCCUGGAGCAAGUUGUCAAUGCACUUGAGGAAUCAUCGUGACUGAAGCCAGCACUGCUUCUCCACAGCAGCCUGCCACGGGGUCAGGCCCUCCCAGUUCAAGGAGUCAUGAGAAUAAUAAAGCAUAUGAAAAGGGGAGGGGGAGGAAACACCCUUGGUGCACCUUUUUAUAAACAAAUGAACAUAAACUGGUAGUUCCUCCAGUCGAUAAUGCCUGCAUUCAUCUUCUUACUGCCUUUCUCCGUCGGAAUAUAUGCCGCACAGUACUUUCCCGGUGGCUCUGGGUUGUGUCUGCUCUGAAAUUUGCCAAGACUAGAAAGUGUGACGAGGGCACUUGCCUUUAUUUUACUUUCCAAGUAAUGAAACCUUUGGCCUGCGUGGGGAAAUCAAUGUCCUCCAAUAGUGUCUUACAAUUGGCCAACAUCCAUUUAGCUAGGUUUGCUGCUUACGUCUCUACAGGAGGGUUGAUCCUAAAGGAGAGGCGGGAAGUGUCCCCCCACUUCUUAGUGAUGCAUUCUGUUAAAUAAGUAUGGGAUGCGUUCCUGUGUUUUCCUUAUUGUUCUGCUUAUUGUGAGCCUCACCUUUUGUUUACCAAAUGAGCUGUGAAAUCUGGUGGCUGGUUUCUUCAGCUCGUUUUCUUGGUAUUUUAAUCAACUUUACUAUAACACUAUUGUUGCAUUUUUGGUUGAACUGUGCCCUUUUUUCCCCCCUCCCCACUUCUCUCAUUUUAUCUGUUUUCUGGGUUCUUGGGGAGUUGCAUCAUAUCCAUUGUGAUAUGUUCCAGAGCCUCCAUCAGUGAUUGAGCGAUCGGAAUAGCUUCUCUACAUGGUAUUAAGUUAACAUAUUGCAAUUAACAGCCUAAUUAGGAAUCUGAACAUUCAUCUGAAUCUGAACAGGAAUCUGAGUCCCUUGGGAGAUAGGGCAGUAUAAAAAUGCGAUUAAAUAAAUAAAUAAAUUUGAAUUCUAUUAAUGAAGAAAGCACAUAUUUUGACCAAGGGCGCAACUACUUCUAUGCAUAAUUUAUUCUUAAAUUCUUUGGUUUUACUAUAUUCCUACCUUCUUUAAACUAAUUUCCUUAUUUCAGGCUUCAGGGUGAUGAGGAACCUUUAGAGCUUAAAUAUGCUCCUUCUUUGACAAAGAAUGCAAUGUCUACAAUAUAGUCUCACUCUUAAAGAUGGUUUUUUUUCCCUUCCUUUCUGGAUGCUAUACAUUUCAUUCUUCAUCGCUAAGGUCCCCUUUUCCCUGCUGCCUCACCUCUGCCCAGCAGAUGCCUAUGUUCAGAUCUGGAAAGCCAACUCACACGACACGUCAUGCAUUCGAUUUUGAAAGAAUGCAAUCGGGCCAAUUAGGUGCUCAUGUUGGUCUUGUAGGUGCUUCAGAAAACGGACUGGGCAUCAAUAAGCUUGGCUUUGAAUUGUAAACAGUCUUUCUUCCUAUGAGUUUCCUAAUGAAGGGUUCAUAUUGCUCUUAGUUAGCACCUCCAUGGUUUUAGAGAUCUGUAAUGAUAGCUUAAAAGCAACUAGAGCCUCUAGUUAAUGCUUUUUGACAUAAAAGAGAAGAGACCUGAGUGAUCUUAAGUUGCCUUCACCGGAAGGCAUAUAGACAGCAACUACACAUAACUACACCAUGUCUCAUAUCAAAGCCACAUCUUUGGCCCUAUUGCUUGAAAAGCAUCUUUUGGUAGGACCUGCUGCUUUGAAAGCUUCCUUUCAGGUUUUCCUCCUUCAUCCCUAAUUACUCACUGUAGGAAUUUAAUGCUGCCUAUAAAACCAUCUCAGCCUUCAGGCCUAACAUUUGCCACCAGUGCUUAUCCUAUUGAGUUAUAUGGUUGGAUCUUCAGCUGCCCUUGUUCUCUGCUGUAAAAUAAUCCAUUCUCUGUAGGAAAAGCUCUGGAAUUUCCUUAUCUCUGGUUGAAAUUACUUCUGCUUGUAAAACUUAGCUGAGAUUCUCCUUGAUAGUUUUUUGUUUUGUUUUGUUUUGUUUGAAGGAGGAAUUUUUGUGAAAAAUGGAGAAGAUAGUUUGUGGUUGUUGCUACAUUCUCAUGUGCUUAUUGCCCUGUUUAUACUAAUGCUUCUUGAGCAUUUAACUCUUCCCCUACAUGGGGCUACAUUAAUGCAAAACACGAUCUGUUACAAAAAAUAUAUAUAAUAUUCCGAGAGCUUCUUAAAGGUCCCACUGCAAAGAAAUGGCGAUAGGUACAAUCGUUUGCAUUCCAUUCACUACAUUCUGGGCAGAAGGGGAGAAAUUUGUUAAAUUACUCUUUAUUAGUAUAGCAGCUGUUGAAUUCUUGCCAUUCUUACCACAGAUCUGGACUGGAACUCCCAUGUUGCUCUUCUUUUCCUUGUUGUAUAAAAUCUUUUCCGUCUACCGUGGAUUCUCUUGUUUAAGGAUGGAUCUAAGCCUUCAAUAAAAACUUGGGAGAGAGAAAAAUGCACAAACAAGUUCUUAACUGCAAACAACAAUCUAACAGCAGUAAAAUAUUGCAGGUAAUCUUGAUGCCAUUUGGAAAGAGGGCCUGUCUUUCUUCACAUCUCUAGGAACUGUGGACCUUAAAUACAAGGUGUUGGCCAUGAAUUUGUAGAACAACCAUCCUAUUCCGGUUGGCCAUGUCAUUUGGGAAUUCUGGACGCUUCAAUCAUGACCUCUCUGGAGGUUGUAAGGUUAGAAGUAAUUCUGGAAGAGCAUGAUAUUCUUACUCCCUUUUUACCAUAAGGUAGAAGGAGGUUAACAGUCUUGUAGAUUUAAACAACAUUGGCUCCACUGGAAGACAAAAUGAAAUGCUCAGACCUAUGUCUGGUAAUCUGAUAUUUCAUUGAACCAGUCAUGGCUUUCCUCAGUUUUGAUAUCUUUAUGGUCUGCUACAAGUAAGACCAAGCUUUUGUGUCCAGAAAAUAUACCCCACGAAGUUUUUCUGGAAAAGCAUUCUUUUUUUUUUAAUGUGCCUUGUUACUCGCUUCAGUUUUACAUGAAUUUUAUUUAGAUUAGCCAUGUUAAUACAUCUUUACUGGGUAAUGAGGCGGUGUCUGUUUUGAGAAUUGUUCUCCUUUUCUUUCAAGCUCUGAAAAGCUGAUUUUCUGUUAAUAAAAUAUGUUCCAUGAUCUCCAAAGAUGCUACACAGAGAGAAUUUGAACAUAUUAAGAGCUGCUUGAAAGAUUAAGGUAAUUUCUUGUGCCAGCCUCGUUGGAUUGUUUUAAUGAUCCAGGUUUUCACUCUUAAUUUCAUCAAAACAGAUUUCAAACAUUUUUUAAGAGGAAAAGAGAACUUCAGGUUCAGAAUUAUGCAGUUAUAAUUGACAUGUCAAUGUAAAACACCUUUCUUUUUUAAUUAUUUGUUACAAUGACUACUUUUGGCCCUUGUUUUAUGUAGGAAUGCCAAGUACUUAUCUGAGAACUCCCAAAGACUUGCAAUAGCUAAAGAAACAAAGAGUACAGCAAAAUAGAUAUCAUUUUUUUGUAAUGUGGUGGGGGAGGGUUAAAGAUUGCUGGAAAUAUAUACACAUCCACGUUCAUCAGUAGUAUUAAACAUCUGUUUAUCAAUUCUAAUAUUCUGUCAGGAAAAUUUCUGUAUCUGAACUUAAAAUAAACUUCUAAUCUCAUACAAGUAGAUGAUCGCCAUAGCAUAGAAUCCUGGAGUGACCUUAUCAAAUGGAAAUAGGAUGCAUUUUUGUCACAGUUGUUGGAAUCCGAGAGAUGCUACUUCAGCAAAAGAAGUAAAAGCAGACUCCUGCAUAUCGAAUGCAUUCUCCUCUGGAAAACGUGACAGAGCAGAGAAAUUGGGCAGUGGGAUGGUUGGGGGCUGCCAAAGUUACCAAGACAAACUCUUCUCUUGCCAAACACUCAGUCUUUAUCAGUGCAACCGGUGCUGUUUUUGUAACGAAACGUUUUUUACUUUUUUUCCAUUUAUAAAGGAAGCUGUUACCUUCUGAACAAAAUGGCUGUCUGUCGACAUUUUUUUAAAAACGAGAAUAAAAGCAUUUCCGAACUUUAUAGUGUCAAAGCGUAAAACAUAAGAAUACUGAUUUUUUUUUCCAGUGCGUGUGGUGAGUGCUGUAACCCUGUCAUCAUUGGUAUUCUUAAAUCUUUCAGGGUUGGGUUGUUUUUGUUGUUUUUGUUUUUGUUUUAAUUUUAUUUUUCUGUUUCGUUCUCUGCUUGUCAAUUUACUGUCUGUGUGAUCCUCUGGCUGGGGCAGUUACUGACUGUGUGUCUAUUGUCUGAUUUUAAAUUUAAAAAAAAAAAGGUAGAGUAGAAAUCGAAAAGUUGUACUUUAAAAAUAUAAACACUAAAUGUAUUUGUCCAAAGGAAUUCAAAUAUGAAUAGGCAAAGUUGUGAACUCCUCCUUUUACAGUUAUCUUAGGCAGUUCCCAAUCUUGUUCAUUUUAAGCAUGGCUGGUUGGGGAAUUUCUGGAAGUUGAAAGUCCUUAAAGUUGGCAAGAUUGGGAAACUCUGGUCUAAGGAAAUGGAUGAUUUAGGUUCAAGUUACUUUUAGUUGCCUUGGUCAGACUUGAGGAAGACCGGACCAGUGUGGCCUCACUGUAUCACUACGGAGUCCUUUUACAAGAGAAAAAUAAAUUAGUCCUGCAGUUGUGUUGUUGUUUUUUCAAGUUUCCUAGUUUUUUUAGUUGUGCAAAUUUAAAUUGAAGGGAUGCAUGGAAGCUGGCAUUCAUAACUUUGAUUUUUUUUUUUACACAUAAAUUAUAUUUCCAAUGCCUCUGCCAAGAGUUCCAUUGUUUCUUUGAAAAUAUAAUCUUAAAGGGCUUGUCAUUGUGGUAGAAGAUUUCUACUACUGCUCCAGGGUUUGGCUAACAUAAAUAUGCAUAGCGUAAUUAGAUUUAUUAUUGCUGCUAAAUCGUAUCUUACAAAACAUGAAUGUACUUUCAAACGUUUAAACCUGGUUAGUUUGGGGAAUAUCUAUCAACCUUUUCCAUUUGAAAUAACCAGUGUUUCAGCAGAGAUGUAUCUGAUUUACUAUCAAGUGUUCCUGCCAGAAUAAGAACGCUGAAUUUAUUACAGAUGGUUUGUAAUUUCACCCAUGGGACAUUCUUAUUAAUGCUGCAUCUUAAAAGAUUUGAGCCAAGUUUAAUACAUAAUUGCCUUUACUUUUUCCCCAUCUGUUUUUGGCUUAGAUGAAGUAAUGUAUCUUUCAAGCAUUCAACAAAUAAACUAGAAUUUGUCAAGAGCAUCUCCUUAAAUACAAACAGCUCAUAAGCUUGACUUACCUGCAUCAGUCACAUUACAUAUCAUUUUAAGGAUAUGAUCACAUUGGUUCAAGUGAAUGAGAUGCUCUAUAACCUGAAAUACAUGCUGUUAAUUCAUCCCAGCCAAAACAGUUGGUUAUUUUCAUCAGACUUAGUUCAUAAUGAACUUAGAACACUAAGUUCUGUUUUAUCAAAUUAAUCACGAAGACAGCAUAGUAGACUGUCAUAGGGGUGAAAAAUAGUGGGAUGGCUCCCCGUGUUUAUAUUCUGCAUGUGGGCAUAAUAAAGAGGGGAUUUUUUUUUUUAAUCUACUUGGAAAGUGAUGUGUUGCACUUUAAUAGAGGAGGAGACAACUUUUGCAUAUAUAGUCUGACAUAUGUUGAGUUCCUUUUGGAAGGACUAGCAGUGGGAGAUAAUAGAUGUCUGUAAUACAAGUGGAUAUGCUGCCUUCAACAUAUAUGUGUUUAAUUGAUGGAGUCAUGUUACUGACAAGAUAAUGAAUUGCAAAGAAAUUGUGUUAUAUAUUCAACUUUGCCUUGAUAAUAUAAACAUUUUUGUUCA